AAUUUCAAUCAAUUAAAAAAUUCUGUGAAAAAUUUUCACGACGCAAGAUACUCUAACAUGCAUAAAAUAAAAAAUCGUAUGUAAAUUAUGACGAUUAUGACAAAAAUAUAAUAUAGCUACGUGUAUUAACUAUUUUUCUAUAAAAAAAGCAUUCUUAAUCUACCGAUUGAAUCGGUCCGCACGUGGUUGAAAAGCAACAACACUGUAAGACGACGUGGGCACGGCGAGCGCUGUAUUAUUUCGAUCAUUCAAUGUUCGACUGUCGACUGUGAAGGUGACCAUCGCAAGGACGAGCAUCGCAAGGCAGAUCUAGUAAGUAUAUCUAUGUACUUAAAAAAAUAUACGAGAAAAAUGUUAUUACAUAGUAAAACAUUAUUAUUUAUAUUGUCUAAAUUUUAUAUUUUCAGUAAAGAAACAUUGGUCACAAUGUCGACGACAGCGGCAACGACGACGUCGACAGCGACGGCGACGACGUCGACAGCGACGGCGACCACGACGACGGUGACGAUGUCGACAGUAGCGGCGACGGAGACGAUGGCUGAUAUCGCUGAGUCAACGGCGAUGAUGAUGGCGGCGACGGAGACGAUGGCUGAUAGGGCCGAGUCGACGGCGAUGACGACGACGGCGACGGAGACGACGAAUGAUACGGCCGAGUCGACGGCGAUGACGACGACGGCGACGGAGACGACGAAUGAUACGGCCGAAUCAAUGGCGGCGACGGAGAUGACGACGGCGACGAUGUCGACGACAACGGCGACGAUGUCGACGACAACGGCGACGAUGUCGACAGCAACCGUGCCAACGGCCAAUCCUGGUCAACUCAUAACAAUAAAUACUGCUGAUCUACAAAAUAUUAUUUAUGCUGCUCUCGCGGGCACUCGCGGGAGGGACGAGGAAGAGGACGAGGAAGAGGAAGAGGAAGAGCAGGAAGAGGAAGAGCAGGAAGAGGACAAGGGAGAGGACAAGGAAGAGGCAGGGGUGGGGGUAGAGGUAGAGGAACAGUGAUAAGAGGAAACGGAGGAAUUCAAGUUUAUUUUUAUAACCAAUGAAUAAUG